CUCCUAAAGUAUUUGAUUAUGCUUUUAGGUGGCUCCCAGUUUUGGUUUUGAGAAUCCUGUGGGUUUCCUCCGUCUUAAGAAGGAAGAAGCAAAACCAUGGGCAGUUUUCUGUCAUCCCAAACAAAACCUCCCAAUCUAACACCGGCUGCUCCGUGCUCCGUAUAUACUCCAUCCUUACCUAUCUCAUCAUCAUGCACCCAAUCUAACCCACUUCCACCAUCUCCCUCUCUUGCUCUUCCUCUCUUUCUUUCUUUCUUUCUGUAUACCUUCUUGCAUCUAUAUCUGCAAAAGCUCGAGAAGGACUAAUAUCUGUCUCGGCAGCUCGGGACCUGGUGAUCAUGCCAUAAUUUGGCGCCUUGGGCAGUUCUGUUAUUUGGGUAUCUUCCGUUACUACUUCCUGAAUGUGAAAUUAGUAGGUGAUGACAGUUUUUUCAACCGGCUCUUCGCCUAUUUGUCUUCAAAGAGAACCUGUGUGACCAAUUUAAUUUCUGAUGGAACCAAAUGGAGUGGGCGGCGGAAUGUUUCCUAACAUAGAUUCUGGAAUGCUAGGUCUAGAAUUGCCUCUACAACAGCAACUACCACAACGACAAAAGAGCCCUGCAAACCCUCAAAACCUCCACCGCCACCACCUCCAAAUUAGUGUUUCUUAUCCGCACCAUGAAACCGAUCACAACCCUCCACAGUCUCAACAAUCCGUAAAAUACCCAUACCCUCUGGUCAAACCCAAGCAAGCUAUAGCUCUCAGUGAUGAGGACGAUGACAACUCUGGGGAUGCCAAGAGAAAAAUGUCACCUUGGCAGAGAAUGAAGUGGACAGACACCAUGGUCAGGCUGCUGAUAAUGGCGGUCUAUUACAUGGGCGACGAAGCCGGGUCCGAAGGGAUCACCGAUCCAACGGGUAGUAAGAAGAAGUCUGCAGGCUUGUUACAGAAGAAAGGGAAGUGGAAAUCGGUAUCUCGUGCUAUGAUGGAGAAAGGAUUCUAUGUGUCUCCCCAGCAAUGCGAGGACAAGUUCAAUGACUUGAACAAGAGGUAUAAGAGAGUGAAUGAUAUUCUUGGGAAAGGUACGGCUUGCAAGGUUGUGGAGAAUCAGAGCUUGCUUGAGACAAUGGAAUUGUCGCCUAAGAUGAAAGAAGAAGUUCGGAAAUUGCUGAAUUCUAAGCACUUGUUCUUUAGGGAAAUGUGUGCUUAUCACAGUAGUUGUGGUCAUGGAGUUGCUGACGGGGCUGCUGGAGGAUCAAACCGAUCCCCAGAGGUGGCCGCCGAGGCAUCUCACACUCAGCAGCAGCAAGCACAACAGCAACAGUACUGCUUUCAUUCAUCGGAGAAUGCUGGUAUGGGUGGUGACGGUUCGAAAAUGGUGAAAGGAGAAAGUGGUGAAGAGGAGGAGGAAGAUGAUGAUGAUGUUGGUGAUGAUUCUGACGAGGAUGAAGAUGAGGAUGGAGUGGAGAGCGGUUCGAAGGGUCUCAGCGGGCAUGGACAUGAGGAUGAGGACGACAAUGAUGAAAGGACUUGGAGGAAAAGAGCAAGAAAGGUAGGGUUUCCUGCGUCAUCGCAGUUGGUGCAGCAACUGAGCUGUGAUGUGAUGAGCAUGCUGCAAGAUGGGGAGAAAAGCCAGUGGGAAAAAAAGCAGUGGCUGAGGACCCGGUUGAUACAAUUGGAGGAGCAGCAAGUGAGCUACCAAGGCCAAGCGUUUGAGCUAGAGAAGCAGCGGUUGAAGUGGGUAAAGUUCAGCGGCAAGAAGGAGAGGGAAAUGGAGAGAGCUAAGCUGGAGAACGAGCGGAGAAGGCUUGAGAACGAGAGAAUGGCGCUGCUUCUACGCCAGAAAGAGAUGGAGCUGCUUGAUCUUCAUCAGCAGCAGCAGCAGUUGCAGCAACUGCAGCAUUCUUCUAAUAAGAGGGGUGAACCAUCCUCCGUUACUGGUUGAUGUGUAUGAUAGGUUAAUUGACAAGAUAGAGAUUAGAUGGUUCAAAAGCUUGCGUUUUUCUUGUUCACUUUUGUUUGAUUUUUGGUUAAUUUUUAUAGAGGCUCUCCUCUCUGCCCUUCAACAAUUGAGCAAAA